GCCCUGCAGCGCGUGUUCCGGCACCCCGCGGUGGCGGGGAGCAGCCCGGGCGCAGUGGCAGCCGCCCGGCCCGUGUCGCCGCUCUGCAGCGGCGACCUGCACAGCGGCAGCGCCGGUGCUCGCUCUCCGGGUUCCCCCAUUCAUGGCUUGAGCCCGGCAGUCAUAGGAUGGGCUGUCAGCUCCUCUGCAGGCACUGAAGUGACAUCACAAACAGUGGCCGAGAGCCGAAGACUUCGCACAGGUGGCACAUCUGCUCCGGAAAAGGCUUAGAGAGACAUGGAGAUUGAAAGAAUCAUUCAAGACACACUGACACGCUUCAUCCAGUCCCACAUCCCUGCAGCAGAUCUCAGUGGGAUGGAUGAUGUUUUCUUCUCUUAUAUCACGGGUGUCCUGGAAGAGCUGGGCUCACCAGAAUCCUCUGAAGAGACUUUUGAUAUGGACACCUUUGUGGAAAUGAUGGAGGCAUAUAUCCCUGGUUUUGCAGAAAUCCACAGUGGGGAUGUUUGCGAAAUGAUGUUCUCCCUCUCAGAAAGGCUUGGUGAAGCUCGAAACAAAGAAAAACUUGGCCAAAAGGCUGUGGAAAGCAGGAGUGAAGCACCCUCUGAAGAUCUCACCAAGGGCCAGGAGGCUGGAGCUGGAGCCUGCAACGGGGAAAGACUGUGCACUCUAACAGACGGAGCCGGGGCCCAGGAAGGCGCUGACUUGAAGGAUGGGGUGGAGCUGCUACUGGAGAUGUUCCCAGCCUGUACUGUGAGCCAGGCAGAGAAGGCUCUCGCCAUGGCCUUGGGGAACUUGGAAGAGGCAGUGCAGUUAAUUGUGGAGGAGAAGGUGGAAAUUGGCCCAGCAGGUUCAAGUGUGAAGGAACUGGCACGGCCCCGCAGAGCACCCAACCAUGAGGAACUAAAACAGGUCAUCCUACAGAAAUACAUGAUGGUGGAUAGUGCAGAUGAUCAGAAAACACAUCGGCCAGCUCCACCCAAAGAGGCUCCCAAGAAGUUGAUCCGCUACAUUGAUAACCAGGUGGUGAGCACAAAAGGAGAGAGGUACAAAGACAUCAAGAAGCCUGAGAGCGAGGAGAUGAAGAGAACCUACAUCAGCCUAAAACCAGCCAGGAAGUACAAGUUCCACUGACAGCCAUGUUCUCCUGCUCUUCAGCCUUCCACCUCACUGCCAGGCAUGGCAGGAUGGCUGUGUGGUGCUAAGAAUGAGGCAACUCCACCUGCCACUAACUUGAACUAGCCUGGAAGUCAGGACACUGCUUUCAGCUUCCUCAACUAACCUGGCUGAGGAGACUUCUUUCCUUGUGUAGCUGUCCUUCUGCCCCCAGGGGCACACCACAGUGGCUCACCAGGACCUGGACAUUCUCUGCUAUUCCUUGCAUGGGACAUUUUUAGAUCUGAGAUGCGGCAUGUGCUUUUGCAGCAACCUUUUUAACUUUGUGCACUGUUGCUUUAAGUGCCAGUAUUAAUAAAGAUGAUGUGACUUGGUGUGUA